CCCAAAAAACCACCCCAAGAAAUCAAGCUAUCUCUUAGGGUUAUGACUCGCCAAAAAGCUUCUGAGCGUUGAGCUGCCCAGUGGCCACGCGUCGCCCGCUACCUCACACCUCGCAGAGCAGGCUGAUGGCCACACCCGUCACCUAAGCCCCACUACUCACCCGGCAAUUCCCGCAUAAGCACCCAAUAAGAGAUCUACAUCCGGGUCCGGAGGCGUUGCACCUGAUAUUUGGCCCAAUAGAAGCCUCGCUGGUGGGGGGCGGCGGAGCGAAGAGCUGGGGGCGGGACGGAGCCUGCGAGAGAACCGGCAGGAAAGAUGGCUGUCCUCGCGCCUCUGAUUGCUCUGGUGUACUCGGUGCCGCGGCUUUCUCGAUGGCUGGCCCGACCUUAUUGCCUUCUGUCUGCCCUGCUCUCCGCUGCUUUCCUCCUCGUGAGGAAAGUGCCGCCGAUUUGCAACGGUCUCCCCACGCAGCGCGAAGAUGGUAACCCGUGUGACUUUGACUGGAGAGAAGUGGAGAUCCUGAUGUUCCUGAGUGCCAUUGUGAUGAUGAAGAACCGCAGAUCCAUCACUGUGGAGCAACACGUAGGCAACAUCUUCAUGUUCAGUAAGGUGGCCAACGCAAUUCUUUUCUUCCGCCUGGAUAUUCGAAUGGGUCUACUGUACCUCACCCUCUGCAUAGUGUUCCUGAUGACCUGCAAGCCCCCCCUGUACAUGGGUCCUGAGUACAUCAAGUACUUCAAUGAUAAAACCAUUGACGAAGAACUGGAGCGGGACAAGAGGGUCACUUGGAUUGUGGAGUUCUUUGCCAAUUGGUCUAAUGAUUGUCAGUCAUUUGCUCCCAUCUAUGCUGACCUGUCCCUCAAGUACAACUGUACAGGGCUAAAUUUCGGGAAGGUAGAUGUUGGACGCUAUACUGAUGUUAGCACACGGUACAAAGUGAGCACGUCACCCCUCACCAAACAACUUCCUACCCUGAUCCUGUUCCAAGGUGGCAAGGAGGUAAUUCGGCGGCCACAGAUUGACAAGAAAGGACGAGCCGUCUCUUGGACCUUUUCUGAGGAGAAUGUGAUUCGAGAGUUCAAUUUGAAUGAACUCUACCAACGAGCCAAGAAGCUGUCAAAGGGUGGAGACAGUGUGUCGGAAGAGAGUCCUGUGGCCCCUGCUCCCUCUGCUGUGCCGGAUGGGGAAAACAAGAAGGACAAAUAGGGUCCUGCAUUGUUCUUGCUUCUGUCAGUUUCUGGCACCUUUGAGGCCCAAUUCCAGCUGUAACCACAAUCCUUGCCUGAGGCUGUGGCCAUUUGUUUUCUCCUGUUGGGCUGUGCCUGGGUUGGGGCAGGGAGCCUGCUUCUGGGUUUUAAAGAAGCAUCUAACGAACUAUGAAGCAUUCUAUGGAAAGGCUGUUAUGCCUCGGCCAAGUGUUUCUGGAAGGGAGUGAUCUCAUAGACAGAGGUAGAAAUGGUUUCCCUCCAAGGUUGGGUCAGCGUGUAAACUGCUAUUCAACGCUUGGAUAUCACCAGUCUGUGGUUUCAUUAUUCCUCCUAGUGAGCCUGCAAAGCAUAAACUAAAUUAAACUCUAAUAUUAGAUGUCAGAAUAUAACGCACUAAGAAAUUUUCCUCAAGAACCCUUUCUUCCUUAGGCCUUUCUGGCUUGAUCUGUGGCAUUCAUUAAGAUACUUAAGCUUACAGGUGGGGGCAGUAGCUCACGCCUUUCAUCCCAGCACUGGUACCAGAGCCAGGCAGAUCUCUGUGAGUUCGAGGCCAGCCUGGUCUACAGAGAGAGAUCCAGGACAGGCACCAAAGCUACACAGAGAAACCCUGUCUCGGGAGAAAAAAAAAGAUGGUUAAGCUUAAAGGAUUGGAGAAAUGAUUCAGUGGUUAGGCACUCACUGGCUAUUUUUCCAGAGGACUCCGUGGGGAGGGGCUGAACUGUCUGCAAUGCUAGUCCCAGGGACUCCAUCUGAUCAUCUCCUGGACUUGGCUGGCACUGUAUGCAUGUAGUGCACAAAUAUACAUGAAGGCAAAACACCCAAAAGGGGUUUAUGUGUUGUAAUUUAAUCUUUAAAUGUCACUGAUCCCAACAAAAAGCCUUCAACCAGAAUUUUCGUCAUUGGAAAUAGAACUGAAUGAUCCCCCUGUAUUGUGAGAACUGAGAGGAAGGGGCAAUGUAAACUUAAGAGGUUCUUUUGUGUGGGAUGGGAAGAAGAAAGCCCCGAGUCUGGACAGCUGUUUUCUCGUCCACACAGCUUUCCCUAAUAAAGGGAUUCUUAUUUUGA